AUGUUAGGAUUCAUUUUGUUGUUAAUAGUGGCACAAGUUGUCAUAUGUGAUAGCCACACCCAAGAAUUAGCUUGUAGAAAAUAUGACAUCAGAGCACUUGACUUCUGGAGAAAUGGAGGAGAAAUUGGUUACAUCAACAUACGUGGUAACAGUGGAGAAUAUCAUCAUGUUUUCCGUGAGAUUAACAGUGCGGGGGAAGUCUGGCUCCACUUUGGAAGGCAGGGACAAGUGGACUGGAACUAUAUAAACUCUAUCUCAAAUCUCAGCCCUAUUAUCUUGCUACAACAGAGGCACAUUGAUGCAAUUUCUGACUUUCACAUUCUUGAUUAUGCCAUAGAUACUGAUGUAGACUUCUAUCUACAGGCUGACGAUAGCAUCAACCCGAGUCUCUUGAAAGUUUCCAGAAUUUCUGACCCAGCGACGAUGUUUGAGAUCAAAAUGGAUCGAGGUGGAAAUCAUGCACAUUUGACAUUUGCGCCAGGUUAUUUUGACAGAAUACGAUGUACAGGUGCGAGCAACAGCAACACCUGUGGCCAGUUAAACAAACCACCGAAGGAUCAAAACACUGACCCAAUCAUUAUUUGGGAAGCCAACUUUAGACCAACUGAUACUGAUCUUGGAGCAACAGCUAUAAACUCAAACGGAGUAUACUGGCAUCGUAAUAAGUUUACUUGGAAUGGUACAAAAUACAUUGUGAAAAUCAAAAUUGAAGAUCAAAAGUAAAAAAAUAUUCUUUGAUUAUCUGACUAUCAAUAAAGACAUUGAAAC